AUGAACACGAAAGCAACAACGAUCAAGGAAGCCCUCAAACGGCUGGAAGACCGUACCAAGACCAACUCAUGCGACGACCGAGAAAUCGAUUUGUGUUUUCAAUGGCCACCGAUAGAAAAGAUGGACACUACACUAUCAGCGCUGGUUGCAUGCGAAAAACUGUCCCUGUCGACAAACAUGAUCGACAAAAUUUUCGGUCUGAGCGGGAUGAAAAAUCUUCGGGUUCUCUCGUUGGGUAGAAACUACAUCAAAGCUAUAUCCGGUUUGGAAGGAGUCAGUGAUACUUUGGAGGAGCUUUGGCUUAGCUACAAUUUGGUUGAAAAGUUGAAGGGAAUCAGCGUGCUGAAGAAGCUGAAAGUGCUGUACAUGAGCAACAAUCUGGUCAAGGAUUGGGUUGAGUUCAAUCGACUAGCCGAUCUACCAGUGUUGGAAGAUUUACUCUUCGCCGGGAAUCCUCUGGUUGAGACAAUGGAGGAAAGCGUUUGGCGUGCAGAAGCUAGCAAGAGACUGCUUUCAUUGAGGAAGCUGGACGGAGAGACAGUCAUCAGAGAGGAAAGCGAAAGCCAACAGCAGCAGCAGCAACAGCAAGCACCAGGACAGGCAGAGAAAGUUUAG